CCCUCUGCCUGUUUGCUCGCCUCCUAUCCACUUUCAAAGCACUACUGUUGACACUGAGAAAUCUGCAGACACUCACAUGCCCCUCAGACAGGGAAGAUUCUCCUCUCAGCCAGACGACAACCUGUGCAUUUCUCCCUUAUACUCUUCUGUUAGCAGGUGUUCCAAACGAAACCAUAAAUAACAGACAAAGGCAGAAGACAUCUUGAGUGUGGAAGACAAGUGUCUUUCUCCAUAAGUUGCGAGAGAGAGAGAGAGAGAGAGAGAGAGAGAGAGAGAGAGAGAGAGAAAAAACUAUGAGCAGUGGGAAGAAAGCUGGAAGGGGGAUCUGCAUUUUAAGUAGGUAGAACAGACAGCAUUUGUGUUUUUCAUGUUUUUUUAUGGCUUUCUUUGUGCGACGCUGAGCCGGAGUUCAGACGGAGGACUUUGCACUCAUCAUCUUGACCAGCUUCCAGCGUCUGUGGCAGGGUGUGCAUGGGGGAACUGCAGUGGCGUAGGGAAGAGCACGCAAAAGGAAAAAGCCGAGCGGAAAACAAGGCAGUCAUGGAUACCGCCGUGCCACAGCCAGAUGCUUCCCCUGCCUGGAUCUGCACGCUGGUCCUGGCUGACCUCCAGUCCAGGAGCUACACACACUCAUGAGGAUCCCAAUCCGUUCCCACACCCUCUCAAAUCUCCUGUGCACCUAACAGCCUUCGCCAUCUGCAAGAAUAAAGAGAUCCUUUGUUUGGAGUAGAGAACAGCUCCAAUGUGUGGUCUGAGUCAUGCUCCCUGGCUAUGGAUUGUACCCUCUCCCUGAUUUCCAGCCUCACCUCCACACGUUCUACUGCCGAGGGGAGAGCCCUGUCAUGUGGAUCCCUGGCUCGCCCGAGGCCCAGGCUCUGAGUGACUCCCCAGAGAACAGGCCUCUUCUGCGCCAACACAUCGCCGUGUGCCAGCAGGAGACCCUAGCCUUUAUCGACCUUCAGCAACCCAGCACCAACAGCUUUUGCUCCUCGACCUCUCUGGGGAGAUGCGGCUCCUUGCCGCGUUCCUCGGGCCCUGCUCAUAACGGGCCCUGCUCGAACUUCUACCAGAAAGGAGACAUGGGGGCAGAUGCACCCCUGGGCGCCGAUCCGGACCAGGACGGCCACGAUGUUGGGGGAGCUCAGGAUACCAUCGGAGCACCCAGCAUGGACUCACUUAAGACGGACACGGAUAAGCUCUUGUCGCAACCCCUGGGUCUCGGUCCCAAAGGCCUGUUCCUCCCCCUGUCCCCUGCUUUUGUGGCCGAGGAAAGGGACUCUGAGGAUGCUCAGCCCACUUCUCCGUGCUCCCCUCUGGGCUCGGAGCUCCAGGGCCCUGAUCUGUUUCGUUUGCAGAGACGAACAUCACAGGUGUCCUCGAAGGAGAAAUCCAUACGGCGCAAGAUGAGGGUGUACUCACCUGACAGUCCGAGCGAAGAGUCUCUAAGCAGCGCGGGACUAGACUGUGACUCCCUCUUCCCUGGAUCUUUUGAGUCGUUCAUAGAGGGUGAACUGGGGCUUGUGGGCACCACUGUCCCCAUGUCCCAGAGCUCCAGCCCCCUGAUGGAUUUAGAUGAGGAGCUGGUCCUCACCUCUGCUCCUGCCCCUCGGCCGAGGUCCUCGGAUCCCCCUCCAGAGGAUCUGGGGCUGGGGGACAGUCCAGGCGAGAGAGAGACCGAGGAGGUGGAGCUGGAGGAUUGCGGGCCUCUAGACGGCUUGGCCUUCGUGAGCGGCAGCUCACUGCCACUGGCCCACCCGCUGCCUGCGCCGCGCGCCCAUUCGGCGGACCACGAGCGACGGCGCUUCUCGGCCUCCGAGCUCAUCUCCCGCUUGCAGCUCUCGCAAAGGAAGAAUUCCUUCACCUUACGGCUGGGAAAAUCGCUGUCCGCCCGUGUGUCCUCGCGAGACCGGCAGCCGUCGGGAAACCCCUCUGACUACAAACCCAGCACCAGACAACGCCUUUCAGGGGGGUCAAGUGACAGUACACCACACAGCCCAGCGGGAUUUGCACCACCACUGCCCUCUGCUGACAGCGCCCUGCCACUGUACAGGAAGAGCUCCAAGCUCAGCAUGAGAAAAGAUCCCAUUGAUGAAGACGGAGACAGUCCUCCAAGAAGUUCCAAACGUUUAUCACGCUUUCUACCUAGUUUGGUCCUGUAUCAGGAAUACAGUGAUGUGGCCAUUAACAGAGAGAUUCAGAGGCAACAGGGGGCGGAGCCUGGAACCGAUGAAGACAGAGGCGGGGACAGUGCUUCUCCCAGCAACCUCUCGCCCUCCGGCUCCUUCCGCUCGUCGCGAGGCUCUGCCUUUUCCCUCUGGCAGGAUAUUCCUGAUGUGCGGAGCAGUGGGCAGCUCGACAGUUUUAGCAACGAGGAGCGCAAAUUGCAAGAGGCUAAGUUUGAGUUGGUGACAUCUGAGGCCUCAUACAUACGCAGCCUGACCAUCGUGGUUGAACAUUUCAUGCAGUCUCUAGAGUUGACCGAAUGCCUGGGAGCUCAGGACAGACAGUGGCUUUUCUCCAAGCUGCCCGACGUCAAGGACGUCAGUGAAAAGUUUCUACAAGAUCUUGAGCACCGAUUGGAAGGGGACAUUUUACGUUUUGACGUGUGUGACAUCGUCCUAGACCACUGUCCCGCACUUCGGAAGGUCUACCUCCCCUAUGUCACCAACCAGGCUUAUCAGGAGCAGACCUACCAAAGGCUCCUACAGGAGAAUGCCCGCUUCCCUGGCAUCCUGGCUCGUCUGGAGGAGGACCCUGUAUGCCAGCGCCUCCCUCUCGCAUCAUUCCUCAUCCUGCCCUUUCAAAGGAUUACGCGUCUUAAAAUGCUGGUGGAGAACAUCCUAAAGAGAACAUCACCUGGUUCACGGGACGAGGACACAGCCACCAAGGCUUUUAAUGAACUGAAAAAGAUUAUAAAGGAAUGUAACUCCAGUGUACAAUCCAUGAAGAGGAUGGAGGAGCUAAUUCAUCUCAGCAAGAGAAUACACUUUGAGGGCAAGAUAUUCCCUCUCAUCUCCCAGUCUCGCUGGUUAGUGAAACAUGGUGAGCUGUUAGAGGUGGACACACAAACCAUGAGCAUAUCCGGGUCAAAGUUCAAGCUGCCUACACGGCCCGUGUAUCUGCACCUGUUUAAUGACUGCCUCCUACUGUCCCGGAGAAAGGACACGUGGAGGUUCAUGGUGUUUGUACAUGCGAAGAUCGGUGAUCUGAAGGUGAAGGACCUGAGCCAGAAGCUUCAGGGCAUCUCGGGCUUCAUCUUCCACCUGCAGCUGUGCGAGGGCCAGCAGCUGAAACAUCAGAUCCUGCUGAAGUCACUAACAGAGAGCAGCAAACAGAGGUGGAUCACAGCCAUGUUCCCCCCUGAGCCAAAGACAGCCACUGAACAGACCAAUGAGAAUGAGGAUCUGUCUCAGGUUCAGUGUAUUAAGAGCUACCAGGCCCAGGAGCAUGACGAACUCACACUGGAGAAGGCAGACAUUCUGCAAGCUAAAACCAUUACAAGUGAUGGGUGGGUGGAGGGGAUCCGGUUGUCUGAUGGAGAGAGGGGCUGGUUCCCCAAAUCCAACGUGGAGGAAAUCACGAGUCGCCGCGCUCGCUUGCGAAACCUUCGCGAGAACAUUCGGAUCAAGUGUGUCACCCAGAAACUGGAGGGUGAAGCUCAGUGAGGGCCUGGAACAUGCUGCAUCUCCUUAUUGAAAACCUUAAUGAAACAGAAAGGCUUUAUUUGACGAUGUCUGAGAUAUAGUCUCAUUUUUGAAAGGCAGUCAUCUCAGCAUCCUCUCAAGAAGACAUCACACCUUUUGAGUUCGGAACGCCGCAGUGGGAGCCAAGCGUGUGCAGUAAUGUAGCUGCAGAGCACUGCUAAAAGAUGGACAGCAUCACAGCAGUAUCUUAAAUUUACAUUCUCUCUCUUCUUUUUUUGAUUAUUAGCAUUUGUAGAUAUGUAGCAUUUUAAUAGACAUGUAUCAUAAAGCACUACUGUCCCACAAUCAAAAAUGUGACAACAACAACAAAAAAAAAACAAUGGCUAAAAGAAUCAGGCUAAAAACGAUCGCAGAAAACAAAGGUUCACGUCAGCUUGUAGUUUCAAACAUAAUUUCAGAGUUUCAUUUUAUAACAAAUUGAAAUAUAAUUCCUUUACAUUUACUAAUAGAGUAGCGAAUUGACUUAUUUCAACUUCACAACAGAUUUGAAUAUUCACUAUUGCAGUGAUAGAUUCAGCUUCCUUUUGGACUUCUGAUUUAAAAUGUUGUCGAAAUUGGGUUUUUUUUUUCUGGUGUCCACUCCUACUUUUGAAACAUUUGCAUUCAGUAUAUCUUUAUUUCAGAUUAUGAGCAUUAUUUAUGACAGUAAGUCUUCCCAUACAUGAUUGUGUGGAUAUUUUUGUAAUUUUUGUUCCGAGGGAAGAUGCUAAAUAACUAUCCCGAGAAUGGUGUGUAAAAGCACAACAGAGAUAUACUCCUUUGUGGUGCAUUGUUGUAAAUGUUCUGUCUCAAAAAUAAAUGCGAAUGUAA